ACUCAUCUCAUCACUCAUCAGCACACUCUCUCUCUAGAACCCAGCAGCAUCAUCCCUUUCUCUCUCUACAUCUACACACUUUCAUCUCUUUCUUUCUCUCUUUGAACUUUGCUAUUAUCAAUGGCUCGUACCAAGCAAACAGCACGUAAGUCCACCGGAGGCAAGGCUCCGAGGAAGCAGCUCGCCACCAAGGCCGCCAGGAAGUCAGCGCCGGCCACCGGCGGAGUGAAGAAGCCCCACCGCUUCCGUCCCGGCACAGUGGCGCUUCGCGAGAUUCGAAAGUACCAGAAGAGCACAGAGCUCUUGAUCCGGAAGCUUCCAUUCCAGAGGCUCGUGCGUGAGAUCGCGCAGGACUUCAAGACCGAUCUGAGGUUCCAGAGCAGCGCCGUCGCGGCGCUCCAGGAGGCGGCCGAGGCGUAUCUUGUUGGGCUGUUUGAGGAUACCAAUCUUUGUGCGAUUCAUGCUAAGAGGGUUACUAUUAUGCCUAAGGAUAUUCAGCUUGCAAGGAGGAUUCGAGGCGAGAGGGCUUGAUUGAAGCUGGUUUGUUGGGGUGUGUGUUUCUGUUUUGUGGUUUCUAGUUUUGUUUGGUUCGAUUGGUUAGGGUUUGGACUAGUGAUGUAAAUCUAUGGUGGUUUAAUGCUUGAUAGGUAUCUAUGAAGGGUUUUGUUUUGUAAUAUGGAAUUGUGACUUUUCAAAUGUUUGAUCUUCAUUCAAUGGAAAUUUGCUAUUCCUGAAA